UCUAGAACAAUCUGUUCUAGCCCUUUUAGGACACUCUGCUCCCUGUUCAAGCCAGCCUGUGCAUCUUGCUGCUAUCCCAGAGGGAGAUGGCUAAGUUCCUGCUCCUGGUCCUGCUGCUGGCAAUCUUCCCUUUUGUGUUCUUCCAAGGAGUGGCUCCAGCCACAACGUGUAUGGUCUGCAGUCUUUUUAGAAAAGGCAAAUGUAAGGCAGGCAGUGGCAACUGCACCGUGGAGCAAGGCCCAGGAUGCAGAACCAGGGAUAUAUUCUAUUUCAAUAUAAGAGAUGGAUUUCGCUACAACCACACUGAGCUGGACUGUUCCAAUGAGUGUAAGUCCUGGCAGCUGGUUCGUGGGGACCUGAAAGUUUCAAGCUUUUGCUGUGAAGGUCAAGAUUUCUGCAAUAAAUAUAAAGGGAAGUCAUUGUACUGGAAAUCUCACUAACUGUUCUUCCCUCGCUGGUGGAGGUGUCCACUGCCCUGUCUGUCCCCAUCCUUGGCCACCCUUGACCCUCUCUGGGCCUCUCUCCUUCCGCAUGUGCUCUUGAAGGACACGCAGCAUCCUUCCGUCUCCUCCCAGUUCCCCUCUUCACCUCCCCCCUGCCUACUGGCUCCUGCCUCCAACACCAAACACUGUCAGGUCCCCCUUGGUGUCCUCUCACUGAAAAUCACCAGCCCUCCUUGCUGUGUCUCCCCCUUCUUCACAAUCACUUCGCUUCUCUGGCUGACAGGCUGCCUCGUUUCUAGUGGCACAACUCAGGAGUGACUGCGAUGUACCCAGACAGGGGAUGGGCUCCAUUUUACACACCAGGAGUUGGAGGGGUCAGUGGAAAACUCAGGAAAACCUGUCCCACUGGUGGACGGACAGAGAGAGAAGCCUCAAAGCCCAAGAAGGUGAGGAGACCCGAGGCAGCAGAGACGGGCUCACCAGCUCUAGAUGCUAGGCACAGUCUCUGAGCCCAGUGAUGGCUUCCGUUGUCCAGGGAGGGGAGUGGGAGCAGGGCUGGCAAAUCGCAGACACAGGAGACCACGGGAAUAGAAAGUGGGUGAAGGCCACCAAAGCAGGUGGGGACCCAGGACGAAGGAGCAUCACUAUCUGAUUUCUGUGACAGCUGGCAGAUGGUUAGCAGAGUAGGCUGAAUGGAGAAGUGACACAGGAGCCCCAUAGCAGAGGGUUGAGGAAUGAAGGGCUUGUGACAGGAGCGCAUAAGGAGUAUGGGCAGCUCUCCCAGGGAGCUUGGGAGGAACUGAGAAAGUGGGACGGUAUCUUUUAUAAGAAAAGCGAGUUCCAUACAUUCUUAGGG